GCAGCCAAAAGAAGAAGAAGAAGAAGUGCCAUGUUUGAACAGAUGUGGAGGCCUGUUUUGAAACAUCUUUCAACCAUUUCACAAGAGAUCAUAUUUAAGGAAAGAUUUGAAUACACAUUCCUUUUUACUGAACAUCUGGCAUAUCAUCUGUCAAACGAUGCCUCUUACCCGAAGAGAGACAUUAAAGUAAUCUCAGAAGAAGAAGAUGAGGAGGAGGAAGAAAGUCUUUUAUUUAUAUCGAUGGAUUAAAAGAUUAAAAGUAUCCUUACCUGCUUUUCCCCCUUCCUGUCCUACUGAAUAACACACGGGGUAUUAGUAGUACUCCCCAAAACCCCUUCGUGCCCUACGUAGUGCUCUAGCCGGCGGUUUAGGACGCGGCCGGAGGUCCUCCUCUGGAUGCACGUCAGCGCGUCGCCUCUCUGAAGUUCCCGGUUAAAAGAGAACAAGUGAAGAGUCGGAGUGAUUAAACCCCGCUCGCGCGCAGAGGUGACCGUGUUCUGUAAAUAAGAGAUCACCAUUGUUUUUUUUACACCACUUCUCUUUUUUUUUUUUUUUCUUUUUUUCUGCUUUUUUAAGGUCCCUGGUGUAAAAGUGUAAAUGUGCUGCUUGAAGUUAUAAGACGGAGUCAAUGUUUUGUGAAAAAAGAAAACCAUACUAUAAAGAACAAGCAAAGGAACUAUGAGUUCAGCCAAGCCAAGUGGGCUCAAAGCCCCCAGCAAGAUCAGCAGAACAGCUGGAGCUGCGACCAAAACGUCUCCGUCUGCUGCUGCGAAAGCGGUUCCAGGUGACAAAGCUUCACCUGACACCCCAGACGCAGCUGAAGAGUUUAAAGUCGGGGAUCGAGUGUGGGUGAACGGGAACAAACCCGGCUACGUUCGGUUCCUGGGCGAGACCCAGUUUGCACCGGGACAGUGGGCCGGCAUUGUGUUGGAUGAAGCAAUCGGGAAAAACGAUGGCUCGGUAGCAGGGGUGCGCUACUUUCAAUCCGAGCCCCUGAGAGGUAUUUUUACGCGACCUUCCAAGCUUUCCAGAACCGAGGGCGAGGCAAAUGGGACAACGACAGCGCCAGCAUCUCCAACGCCCUCCGUAACGGCGCCACCUCCAGCCACUCCUGCACCAGCUCCAGCUCCUGCUCCUGCUCCUGCACCUGCAGCUGCCACAGCAACUAACAAUCCAGCUCCAAAACCUGCCUCGAACCUCACACGCUCCAAUUCUGAAUCAGUGUCCAACCUCUCGGAGGCAGGCUCGGUGAAGAAAGGAGAACGGGAGCUGAAGAUGGGCGAUCGCGUCCUGGUGGGUGGUACUAAAGCCGGUGUAGUACGCUUCUUAGGGGAGACGGAUUUUGCCAAAGGCGAGUGGUGUGGCGUCGAGCUGGAUGAGCCUUUAGGGAAGAACGAUGGUGCAGUGGCUGGAACCAGAUACUUCCAGUGUCAGACCAAGUACGGCCUUUUCGCCCCGGUGCACAAGGUGACACGCAUCGGAUUCCCGUCCACGACUCCGGCUAAGGCGAAGGCCACGGCUCGGAAGGCGUCUACACCGGGAGGAUUGAAGCGCAGCCCGAGCGCCUCCUCAGUCAGUUCCAUGAGUUCUGUCGCCUCGUCGGUGAGCGGCAAACCCAGCCGCACCGGUCUGCUGACGGAAACGUCCUCGCGGUACACACGGAAGAUAUCAGGGACCACUGCGCUGCAGGAGGCUCUGAAGGAGAAGCAGCAGCACAUCGAGCAGCUCCUCGCCGAGCGCGACCUGGAGCGGGCCGAGGUUGCUAAAGCCACCAGCCAAGUAGGAGAAGUGGAGCAGGAGCUCAGCGUUCUCAGACAAGGUCAAGAACAGUAUGUGACCGAGAUGGAGGCCAAAAUGGAUCAGCUGCGCACCCUGGUGGAGGCUGCAGACAGGGACAAGGUGGAGCUUUUAAAUCAGCUAGAGGAAGAGAGGAGAAAAGUGGAGGACCUUCAGUUCCGUGUAGAAGAAGCUUGUAUUACCAAAGGAGACUUGGAGACGCAGACCAGACGGGAGCAUGCCCUCCUUAAGGAGCUCGAGCAAAGUCUGCUCUUUGAAAAGACCAAAGCUGAGAAACUCCAGAGGGAGUUAGAAGACUCUAGGGUCGCUACAGUCUCUGAGAAGUCUCGCAUCCUUGAACUGGAGAGAGACCUUGCUUUGAGGGACAAAGCGGUGGCUGCACUCCGGCAGCAUUUGGAGGCCGGUCCUGGACAGGAAACAUCUGCCGUGGACCCGACAGUUCCAGUCCUCCAGGAAGAACUCAGUUUGCUUCGGACCCGACUCUCGUCUCAAGCCUCCAGCCAUGAAAUAGCACUAGCCGCCUUGCGUGCGAAGCUGGAAGCAGAAUCCAAAGCACACUGUGAGGCUUUGGCCAAACUCCAGGCCUCUUCGACGCUCUCUUCAAAUGAAAACGAGCAGCUCCGUGCGAGAUUAGCCGAGGCGGAAAAGGAGAACGCGGACGUCGUCGAGCUGUGGCGCGCUAAACUUGCUUCAGCCAUCACUUCUCAUCAGCAAGCCAUGGAGGAGCUUAAGGCCUCCUCGGGAAUGGGGACUGGAGACUCCCAGUUGCGAGAAACUGUGGAUAAGCUGAAGUUGGUGCACAAACUACAGCUAGAGGAAAGCUUAGCUAAGCACACCACUGAAGCCAAGAGGUGGAAGCUAGAUAUCGAAGAGCUCCGGAAACAGCUGAAUGCCGUGACCGAGGAGAAGGAGCGCCUGGUGGAAUCGCUACGCACCAAUCUAGAGAGCGCGGAGGAUCAGCACCUGGUCGAGCUUGAAGAAGCUUUGGGCAAACUUCACAACGCGGAGAUCAGGGUAAAAGAGCUUGAGGAGGACAACUCAAAACUAGGGAACCAGACGGAGGAGAAAGCUCGGGAGCUCCUGGACCAAGCCGCUCUGAUUCAGACCUUUCGCUCCCACCAGAGCCAAGGUGUGCAGGAGCUCCAAAGUCUGCUGGCUCGAGUUGAAGAAGCGGAGGGCAAGGCCAGUGUGCAAGAGGGAAAGGUUACUGAGCUGACCUCCAUGUUGGACAGCAAGCAGAAGGAGAUGGAUGGUUUGCAGAAGAACCUGGCCUCACUGCAGCAAACUAAGAGCUCUCUGGAGCAAGAACUUUCUGACUUGAAGCAAAAAGUUUCAGCGUCUUUAGAUGACCAGUCAGCAUCUUCACAAGCUUUUCAGAAGUUACAGGAGACGCUCAGCAAAAAGGAGGAACAGUGUGCAUCGCUUUCCAGCGAAUCUGAAAAGCUCAAGAUUCAGCUGUCAGGCUUGGAGGCAAAGUUGAAAUCGGGCGAAGAGAAGCUCGAGCGGCUGAGCAAAGACAAAGCAAAGCUUGAAGACGACAUCAGUGAGCUGAUAAAGUCAUCCGGAGACAGUUCUUCUCAGCUGACCAAGAUGAAUGAAGAUCUCACUCAGAAGGAGAGGAGACUCGAAGAGCUUCAGAAUCAGCUCUCGGAGCAGAAGGAGCUGGUCGCUCUGUCUGAGGAGAGCAGGAGUCAGGAGCAGGCUCGAGCCAAGCAGGAGAUCAAGGACACCAGCGAGAGACACCAGGAAGAAGUUUCCAAACUACAGGAGAAGAUAAAAACUCUAGAGAAGAGCGUUGAGGAGACUCAAGCUAAGGUAAAUGAAGCCCAAACCUCUGGAGAGAAUGCACUCGCCAGUGCCUUAAAGAAGCAUGCGGAGGAGCUCCAGGAUCUACAGGGUCAGGUCGAAAAAGCACAGCAGCAGCUCAACACCUCAGAGGAGACGUGCCGGAAACUUAAAGAAGAGCUGGACGAGUUGGUGCCCUUUAAAGAAAAGGCUCAGUCUCUCACAACUGAAUUGGCUUGUUCCAUGCAAGGGGCUGAGAAACUUGCUUCUGAGUUGGGUGAGCUAAGGUCGUUAUCCGAGCGUCUAUCUGCGGAAAGGGACGACGCUCGCGCUCAGAAGGAGAAUGCCGAAAAGCGAAUUGUAGAUCUUUUCACGAAGCUGUCCAGUUCGGAAGAAGUUCAGAAGGAUCUGUCGUCGAGAAACGAUGAGCUCGAUGCAACCAAUGAACGACUCGCGAACGAGAUGAAGGAAUUGCGUUCCGCGAAUCAGCAGCUGCAGAAUGAAAGGUCCUCCCUCGACAGCGAGAGAGCACGACUCGACAGAGACCUGCAGAAUGUCAAACAAAUCCAGGAAGAAAUGAAAGCCGAGAAUGCGAGCCUGAAAGAGAUUCAAGCGCAGCAAGUGGUUCAAAUCGAAAACCUUGAGAAGCACAAAGCAGAACAACGAGACGUCGUGCUGAAGUGUCAGCAAGAGCUUCAGGAUCAUGAGAAGAAGGGUACAGCGCUCGCUCAGAAGCAUGCCAAAGUGUGUGAGGAUAAGGAUAGGCUUCAGGAGGAGCUUCAGUCCUUAAGGUCACAGUGCGCAAAAACCGAAGAGCUUCAAUCGAAGCUGCAGGCUGAGAAAAAGCAGCUCUCUGAUAGAACCACAAUGCUGGAGGCAGAAACCGAAGUUCUCCGUAACGAGAAUGCGAAGCUUGUGUCGGAUCUCCAAACCACCGUGUUAGCUAAAGAGUCUCUCGCCGCUGAAAAAUCGGACCUUCAAAAUCAACUCGAAGCUGCGAAGAUGACGGUGGAGCAGUUCAGCAGGGACAAUGCUGAGCUCCAGGCGUCCAAGAACAGCUUCGCCAGAAUGCUGGAGGAAAUUAAAACUAGCCGGGAAGUCACCGACUCUGAAAGGCUUUUACUCGCGGAGGAGAAAGAGAACCUCCUCGAAACCCAGAGGAAAAUGGCCUCGGAAAAGCAGGAGCUUUCAAAACAAAUCGAAGUACUGGUUGAAAAAGUCCGUUUGAAUGCAGAAGAAGCCAAAGCCGCAAACGAGAAGAUCCAGCACAACGCCGCUGCUUUUACUCAGGAGGAGCAAACGAUUAAAGCAAAGCUCUCAGAGACCGAGAAGACUCUCCAAGCGCUCGAAGAGGAAAAUAUCACCUUGAAGUCUGCUCUCAAAGAGCAAACAAAUCAAAAUCAGCUUUCGGAGAAGGAAAUAAACCUUUUGAAGGAGAAGCACGAAAAGGAAAUCGCUGAAAAGUCGUCUGUCUUGGCGGAGAAAACGCGAUCUGAAGCUGAAUUAUUAGGCGAGAAGAAGAAUCUUAAAUCGGAGCUGGACAACAUGAAGGAGAUAAAUGACCAAAUAGGAUUAGAGAAGAUGAAACUCAGGCAGGAGAACGCUGAUUUACAGAGUCUUCUGCAGAAAAAUAAGGCCGAUCUUGAAUCUCUAGAAAAGUCCAACGUCAGCUUAACCGAUCAGAACCAACAAUUACAGCUCAACUUGGAGCACGUGAAGGAGGAAUUUAAGCAAAAGGCGGACGCGUUUGAGAAAGAGAAGGUUUCCCUGCACACUACGAUCAAGGAGCUCAAGAAGACAAACGGUGAUCUGCUCCAGGAAGUCGAACGUCUCUCGAGUCAGAACAGAUCGCUCUCAGAGGCCAAGAGCAGCUCGGAAGCUCUUCAGCAAAUGCUAGAAAUGGAGAGGAACGAAUUCUCGGUCGUCAAGGAAAACCUUACGAAAAAAGUCGAGGAACUAACGAAGGCGAUCCAUGAUUCUGAACAAGAGAAAGCCAGGAUGCUGGAGGUGAAGUCCAAGCUCGACGGUGAACUCAUGGCCAUCGGGACGGAAAAACAGAAAGUUGAAGCGCAGCAGCAGUUGCUUAGCAACAAAGUAGAGGAAUUAUGGAACAUGUGUUUGGAGAAAAAAAUAAACUUGCCCGACAUGAACCAGAGUUCCCUUGAAAAAGUUCAAGAGAUCUUCAACGCACUUCAGAAAACGAGUGAAGAGAAAACCUCGCUUGUCUGUGAAAUUGAGCUUUUAAAGAGCCACCAGAAGAGGAGCGAUGAAGAUCGCUCUGACAUUGCUGCCGCCAAAGAGGUCCUCGCUUCCAAAAUUGCCGAACUCGAGAACACCACUACGUGCCUCGUUAAGGAGAGGACAGACCUCCUGAAAUGCCGUGCAUCUCUGGAACAGGAAGUCCUGUCUCUCCGUAGUAGCAUGGAAACGGGUGAUAAGAAAUGCUCGGAUUAUCUGAUUCAGAUCGAGGAACUGAAGAAAGCACAGCUUGGUCUGGAAGCCAAGUUAGAAAGCCUUCGUUGCGACAGGGUUGAGCUCGAGGAGCGACAGCAAGCUGCAGAAAAGCAGGUGGCGCUUUUAUCCGAUUCCAAGGACGAGAUGGGGUCGAGCCUGUCCGCGGUGCGAGCCGAGAGGGACGCUCUGAGGAAGGAGGUCGAAGUUAUGGUGGCUCAAAAGAAAAGCGCUCUAGCAAAGCAGCUCGAGGCUGCCGAGAGCGCGGGGCGUACAGCACAGGACCUGGACACACUCACCCAGGAGAAGCUCGCGUUGCAAAAGGAAAAAAUAGCGGCCGAGGCUCUCGUCCAGGAGUUUAAAAACGCCAAAGAGAACCUGCAGAGUCAGCUGGACAAUCUUUCAAAACAGAACUCCGAAUACCAACAGGAUCUGAGGAACUCCAAAGAACAUCUGAACGCAGAACAGGAGAGGAUCAACAGUCUGUGCAAAGAAAUUGAGGCGUUAAAAAAAGCAGCAUCUGAAAACGCCCUGGAUAUGGAAGCUGUGAAACAGGAAAGAGCCAAACUGACUGAGGAACUGUCCAGCAGCCAGAAGGAAAACAACAGCCAACAAAAACUGAAAGAGCGCUUGGCACAUCUCAGCAGCCAGAUCAAGGACAUGGAGAAGAGAGAGCUCACCCUGAAGAGCGAAUCGGACGCUGAGAAAUCCGCUCUGCAGCAGUCCAUCCAGAAAAACAGUGCCUUGAUUUUAGAAAAGAACAAAGAAUUGGAAACUCUGAAGAACAAGGUGGCGCUGCUGAGCAGCGAGAGUGCAGCUGCGAACGCUCUCCAGAGCAGCGUGAAGUCUCUGGAAGGCGAUAAAGCUGAGCUUCAGGAGCGAGUGCGCACUCUGGAGAGGAGUUUAACAGCAGCAGACAUCAGUGCUGCAGGGUCUCCCGCUCUGGACGAGAUGCGCGAGGUGAAGGAAAACGCCCAGUGUCAGGUUGCGUUCCUGAACUCGGUCAUCGUGGACCUGCAGCGCAAGAACGAGGACCUGAAAUCGAAGCUGGAGAAGAUGGCCGAGGCGGCGCUCAACGGAAACACAGCUGGCGAAAUGGACAAUCACGAAAGUUUGUCCGAGUCCAAAGCGAAAAAGAAACUGCCACCGCGUCUCUUCUGCGACAUCUGCGACUGUUUCGACCUCCACGACACGGAGGACUGUCCCACACAGGAGCAGCUGCCCGAUUCCCCUCCGCACACGACCUACCACGGCAGCGCCAGCGAAGAAAGGCCUUACUGCGAAAUCUGCGAGGUGUUCGGCCACUGGACCGAGACAUGCAACGACGAUCAGACCUUCUAAACCCCGGCUGCACCCUCACGCAACACCGCACACGUCACACACAAGUGUGGAAAUGUCCGUAUGUACUGUGUGUGUGUGUGUGUGUGUGCGCGCAAUCACUCGUUUGCCUUCCCUCUCUCCACAGUCCUUUUUUUUAAAGGUUUUUGGGAUUUAACAGCUUUAAAUUGAAUUAUUUCAGACUGUUAAAUGUAGUUCCAUCUUUUUUCUUUUUUUUUCUUUUUCUCCGUGUGUUGGGUGAAGGAGAUUUUAGCUUUCAUUCUCCGUUCAUUUUCGGACCCUGUUCAACCCUUGCAGCAGGCGUAUCGCUGCGCUGAGCGUUUGAAAAGUAGGGGGCGCUAACGAGGCUAAUGCACUUUACUCCAACAUCCUCUUCCCAGAUUUCGUUUCAGCUCGAUGAAGGCGGUUUUCGUAAUAAAAACUAAACAAAAACAGAAUGUAAUUUGAAUGUUAUAUUGAUGCUGUCACUUUUUCAGUGGGUUUUUUUGGAAAUAUUAUACAUCUGUACAAAAAAUUAAUAAAUAUUGUUUCAAUCA